AUGUAUACGAAUUUCAAGAGGGUAACUUUUGUGGUUUACAGUUUCUUAAGUUUAUGUUAUGAAUAUCUUGGUGGAGAAAGUUGUAUCCUGUCAGAGAUUAGAGGUCGUGAAUUACCACGUUCAUGGGCGUUUUGCACAUGUUGCUUUUAUGGUCAAACGUAUACAAUAGAAUUCCUACGAUUCUGUAAACAGGCAACUCUACAAUUUUGUAUCAUUAAACCGUUAACAUCGAUUGCGACAAUUAUUUUACAAGCUAUUGGAGUUUAUAAACACGGAAUUUUCAGUGCUACAAAUGGUUAUUUAUAUGUAACAGUAGUGUACAACGCAUCUGCAUUUGUCGCACUAUACGCUUUAGUGUUAUUCUAUUUGGCUACGCGAAGUAUCCUACAACCUUUCGAUCCAGCGAUUAAAUUUGCUGUAGUGAAGUCUGUUGUAUUCUUGUGUUUCUGGCAAGGUGUGGUAUUAGCUAUCCUGGAAAAGGCUGAGGUACUGCCAGCUUUACCGAAUACAAAUGCUGGUACAGUUGCAGCUGGUAUACAAAAUUUCUUGAUUUGUUUAGAAAUGUUUGCGGCUUCAAUCGCUUUGAGAUUUGCAUUCCCCUCACAAUUAUAUUCUGAUGGUAUUGGCACAGGACCGACAACAUUUAGUGGCUAUGAUAGUCUAGGCGGAGGUGACGUGCUUCAUGAAACAAAGAAACGUGGAUUUUUACCAUCAUCUGAUUCCCUGCGUAGUCUACGGGAUACAUUUAAUCCUAAAGAUAUGCUGAAUGAUGCUAUUCACAAUUUUCACCCGAGUUAUCAAAAGUAUACACAACAACGUAAUCCAAAGGAUGAUUUCGAUGAUGAACCAACGGGUUCCUAUCAAGGUGAUGCGCUUACUGCUUAUAAAGAACAAGACAAUAGCAUACAAUCAACUGUACCUGCUCCACCGAUACCUCCACCAAUUCAGUCCCAUUGAGAGAUUGUUCCCAUCACAUUAUAUACACAGACAUACAGAGUGUGUGUGAAGAAUACGAGACGAAGCCAUGACUGACUGAUUGAUUCCUUCAUUUAUUUAUUUAUUCUUUUAUUCAUUUUUAUGUCUUUUGCGUUUUGUCUUUUCAUAUAUGUCCUUGUGUGUAUGUGUCUGUGGUGUGCGUUUGUGUCUAGUGCAUUUCUUGUUACCACCUCAUAUCUCCCUCUCCCUCUCUCUCUCUCGUUCUCCCCUUCCAAAUCCCCUGACCUAUGUAUCCAUCUAUCCAUCGUCAAUGAUUAUGAAAGAUUAUUAUUAUUAUUAUUAUUACUGUCAUCAGUAUCGUUAUCAUCAAGCAACAUAUUUUCAUGUUUAAGAUUUUCUUCAGAUAAGCUAAUUUUUACUAUCGUCAUCCUUAUCACUGACAUCAUCAACAUCGAUAUCAUCAUCGCUGUCAUCAACAUCGUCAUUGAUAUUUCAGCAGUAUUCUUUGAUUUCUAUUUCUUUUAGCUUUCAGAUUUCACCUGUUUAUGUUGUGUUUCUGGUGUGUGUGUGUGUGUGUGUGUGUGUGUACAUGUCAGUGUGUUGACCUCCUAUCUUAAUUACUUUUAUUCUUCUGUGCAUUUGAUACGCUUAGGUGGUAAUAUGAUCAAAUAUUUACAAACUACUGUAUAGAUUAUUGUUACUGAGGUCUCAUUCAAUCACAGUUUCAAAAGGCUUUUAGGUAUAUGUGUAUAUUUGUGUUUGUUUCUGUGUGUGUGUUUGUGUGUGUGCGUGUGCUCGUGAACUACAGUAACACAGUACUCUAUAGCUUCUUCUCCAUCCCUUAUCCAUUGUCUCGUUGUGAUCUAGUCUUGAGAUAUUGAGACAUUUCCUAAGGGGAUAAAUAAUCCAUAUAUUGAUUCAUUCUGAUCCAUUCAUCAUCAUCAUCAACAACAACAACGACAACAAAAAGAGGUAGGUUGACAAUUUCACAUCUUUCACACUCCCUCUACAAUUGAUCUUUUACCUUGUUGUUGUCGUUAUCGUUGUUGCUGUUGGUUCUAUUUCCGU